UUUUUUUAAAUUUGCCUUAGCAAAACAGUUUAUUACAGCGAAACACGGCGGACGAGGUAGAAAAAUUACUUCUUAAUUUCGGUUGAAACCCUUGGGUUUGCCGACAUGUCCUAUUUGGGUAUGAAGGCCCUUCUAGACUGGGUGAACAGCGUGAAGCUGUCAGAAGAACAACAACAAAUCGACAGUUUAAGGGAUGGGACGGUCUUGUUGAAACUGGUUUAUCGUCUGAAAAAGGAAUCAACCUACAACAUCAGUGAUUCGGUUGAAGAAAGAUUUAAUAUAAUCUCUACUUUUUUGGAGCGAGACUGCAGAUUUUGUCCAUCCAAAGGAACUACAAUUUCCUGGGACAGCAUACAAAAUGGAAGAAAUCUCAAUGUGGAAAUCUCAAAGGUGCUGAUUUUGCUGCUGUAUCACGAUAUGAUGUCUGAACGCCUCACUUUAAACAUGCUGGACAGUGAGGUCGAAAAACAGCUAGCAUUCAUCACAGAUUCAUUUGUGUUGGAGAGUGAUGGCAUGGUUUAUCUCUCUGAUCAUCUAGACCAGUAUUUGGUAAAAAAACGUUUGCCAUACACUAAGCCACUGGAAAGCACGUCAUCUUCCAAUAUGUCGACAUCCUCCCCGUUCUCCAUCUCCGAUGAGUCGCCCAUCUUUCGUCGCUCUACAAAAGUUGCAUUUGUGGAUCUGGAAACCGUGGCUUCCUCAUCAGUCAGCCAGUCUCCUUUGAUUGAUAUAAUGAAUACGCCCAAGUUUCAGAUGAGACAAAUGCAAAGAACACUGAUCAAGGAGAGGGAGUACAAGGAUACUGUGGAGAGGGAGCUAGCCAACAUGCUUACACUCGUCGCACAGAGGGAAGGCCUCAUCAGUCAGCUGCAAUAUCGAAACGAGAAGCUUAAAGAAGAGAAUGCUAAUCAGGAGCAUGCUAGCAGAGAGCAGAUCAGUGAGCUGGAAACAAAGAAUGAUAUGUUGCGAGUGCGUCUUGAUGAAAUUUUAAUCGAGAAUAAAGAGCUGAAGAGUUCAUCCGCACUGAUGGAGAGGAAAGUAGACGAGCUUGCUGAGGAAAAUGGGGCUCUCUCCUCUCGGGUGAGAGUGUUGUGUUCACAACUGGCCUCCUGCGAGGAAAAGGUUAACAGAAUGACUCAAAGACACUUCUCCAUCGAAGAGGAUUGGGAAAGCAAAUCCAGCCAACUAAUCUCAGAACUGAAGGAAGCAACUGCACAGAAAGAGCUCCUGACUGAACAGAUUCAAAUCCUGCAAGGAAAGAUAUCCUGUUUAGAGGAAGAAAUGAGCAAGGCCACCAAGGAGGAAGAAGGAGAGAAUAUGGGUCCUGUGAUGGAGAGAUCUUUGAACACUGAAAUUCUCAGCCUGAGGAAUGAGCUGGAUUGCACACUUUCUUCUCUAAAGGAGGCAGAAAUAGAAAUUAAAAACUGCAAUCUGAAGAUGGCGGAGUACCAACAACAAAUUAGCACACUACAGCAGCACAACGCUGCUUUUGAACAAGAAAUAUUUACACUAAAGGAGGAAAAUAGAGAGAGCCGAGAGCUUCUUCGUCACACUGAGGAAAGGGUGGCCAGUCUUGAGACUGAGCUAGAGCAAGCAGAAGAGUUACACGAGGAGAUCAAAGAAGUGAAGGAACAGGUUGAAAGGCUUCGUUCCUCUCUGAGAGCAGCUGAAGAAAGCUUACGAUCCAAGGAAGAGCAGUUUGCAGAGCAGCAGCUACAGAGCUGUCAGCACCUGGAGGCCCUGCAGAUUGAGGUGAACCGAUUGAAGCAAGAGAUCCAGACCAAAGAACAUGAAGCUGAUCUGUUAAAAUCUGACCACUGUAAGGAGACAGAAGUCCUCAGUGAGGAGAUCAAAGCUCUUAAAAAUCAAGUGCAAAGUUUGAUGGAGUCUCUGAAAACUGCCACAGAAGAACGGCAGAUUCAUGAGAACCUGUUGGCUCAGAAGGACAUGGAAAUGUCUCAGGUGAAGGACUCGUUUAAAAGUCAGAUUGAAACCUCAGAGAAAGAGAUCAGAAGACUUGGAGAAGAGAUCCAGACCAAGGAGGACCAGCUGGUCUCCCUAAAGAAAGAGAGCUCCUCACAUUCUGACGAGCUGCAGCAAGAAAUCCAGAAUCUGCAACAACAGGUGGUUCUGAUGGGGGAAUCUCUCAGGACCACUGAGGAAAAGGUUCAGACUCAACUAGCUUUGCUAAACGAGCAGGAGCAGGAGAACGCUCACCAGAAGGAGCUUCUACAGCAACACUUGUCUACUUCUGAAGAGCAGGUAAAGAACCUGAAGAACGAGAUCCAGACCAAAGAACAACAGAUGACCUUGAUACAAAAUCAAAGCUCAGAGCAAGCAGAAGAGUUACACCAGGAGAUCAAAGAAGUGAAGGAACAGGUUGAAAGUCUUCGUUCCUCUCUGAGAGCAGCUGAAGAAAGCUUACGAUCCAAGGAAGAGCAGUUUGCAGAGCAGCAGCUACAGAGCUGUCAGCACCUGGAGGCCCUGCAGAUUGAGGUGAACCGAUUGAAGCAAGAGAUCCAGACCAAAGAACACGAAGCUGAUCUGUUAAAAUCUGACCACUGUAAGGAGACAGAAGUCCUCAGUGAGGAGAUCAAAGCUCUUAAAAAUCAAGUACAAAGUUUGACGGAGUCUCUGAAAACUGCCACAGAAGAACGGCAGAUUAAUGAGAACCUGUUGGCUCAGAAGGACUUGGAAAUGUCUCAGGUGAAGGACUCAUUUAACAGUAAGAUUGAAACCUCAGAGAAAGAGAUCAGAAGACUUGGAGAAGAGAUCCAGACCAAGGAGGACCAGCUGGUCUCCCUAAAGAAAGAGAGCUCCUCACAUUCUGAUGAGCUGCAGCAAGAAAUCCAGAAUCUGCAACAACAGAUGGUUCUGAUGGGGGAAUCUCUCAGGACCACUGAGGAAAAGGUUCAGACUCAACUAGCUUUGCUAAACGAGCAGGAGCAGGAGAACGCUCACCAGAAGGAGCUUCUACAGCAACAGUUGUCUACUUCUGAAGAGCAGGUAAAGAACCUGAAGAACGAGAUCCAGACCAAAGAACAUGAAGCUGAUCUGUUAAAAUCUGACCACUGUAAGGAGACAGAAGUCCUCAGUGGGGAGAUCAAAGCUCUUAAAAAUCAAGUACAAAGUUUGAUGGAGUCUCUGAAAACUGCCACAGAAGAACGGCAGAUUAAAGAGAACCUGUUGGCUCAGAAGGACUUGGAAAUGUCUCAGGUGAAGGACUCAUUUAACAGUAAGAUUGAAACCUCAGAGCAAGAGAUCAGAAGACUUGGAGAAGAGAUCCAGACCAAGGAGGACCAGCUGGUCUCCCUAAAGGAAGAGAGCUCCUCACAUUCUGACGAGCUGCAGCAAGAAAUCCAGAAUCUGCAACAACAGGUGGUUCUGAUGGGGGAAUCUCUCAGGACCACUGAGGAAAAGGUUCAGACUCAACUAGCUUUGCUAAACGAGCAGGAGCAGGAGAACGCUCACCAGAAGGAGCUUCUACAGCAACACUUGUCUACUUCUGAAGAGCAGGUAAAGAACCUGAAAAACGAGAUCCAGACCAAAGAACAACAGAUGACCUUGAUACAAAAUCAAAGCUCAGAGCAAGCAGAAGAGUUACACCAGGAGAUCAAAGAAGUGAAGGAAGAGGUUGAAAGUCUUCGUUCCUCUCUGAGAGCAGCUGAAGAAAGCUUACGAUCCAAGGAAGAGCAGUUUGCAGAGCAGCAGCUACAGAGCUGUCAGCACCUGGAGGCCCUGCAGAUUGAGGUGAACCGAUUGAAGCAAGAGAUCCAGACCAAAGAACAUGAAGCUGAUCUGUUAAAAUCUGAUCACUGUAAGGAGACAGAAGUCCUCAGUGAGGAGAUCAAAGCUCUUAAAAAUCAAGUACACAGUUUGAUGGAGUCUCUGAAAACUGCCACAGAAGAACGGCAGAUUCAUGAGAACCUGUUGGCUCAGAAGGACAUGGAAAUGUCUCAGGUGAAGGACUCGUUUAAAAGUAAGAUCGAAAUCUCAGAGCAAGAGAUCAGAAGACUUGGAGAAGAGAUCCAGACCAAGGAGGACCAGCUGGUCUCCCUAAAGGAAGAGAGCUCCUCACAUUCUGACGAGCUGCAGCAAGAAAUCAAAACACUUUCUCAAAGACUCAAAGCUAAAGAGCAGGAGUUAGAUGACACCCAGCAGGAAUCGUCUCAAAAGAUGAACUCCUUCGAGCAGCAGCUUCUGUCAGUAAACAUGGAGCUGACACAAGUCAAAGAGACGCUAGCAGCAAACCAGAGAAUGAAGGAGGCAGUGCAGGAGUUACAUGUUUCCUCAUUAAAGCAGAAGGAAGUAGUUGUUCAGGAAAAGGAAACACUUUUGGUCAGGAUCCACCAGGCUGAGACCGAUCGGAAGGCUCUGGAGAAACGGGUCGAAACCCUAAUCGCUGAGAAGGACAGGCUUGCUCGAGCCAACGAGGCCAUGGAGAGGGAAAACAAAACCUCAUGCAAACUGGAAUUGGUGCUGCAGAAGGAGCUUGAAAUCCUAAAAAGAGAGAGAGAGCAACUUUUGAUGGAAAGAGAAAAGGCUGAAGAAACUGAGUUGGCGAUGAGAGACCUGGAGAAACGGCUUGCUGCUAGAUCAGAGGCUGCUGAACAUUAUAAGACUCAGAUGGAGAAAGCAGUCAGCCAUUAUAACAACAAGAAACAGCUUCUUCAGAAAAGUGAGGAGGAAACGGCGGAGCUCAGACGUGCUUUAGAGGUGAAGAACCAUGAAGUUAAUGCCAUCACCAUGGACAAAAGACUGCUCCAAGCUGAUCUAGACAAGGUCCAGACCAAUGAGAAGAAACUUUUGAGUACAGUGGCCAGUUUAGAGACACAGUUGGCCUAUGCUGACCAGACGCUUCGGGCACAAAAUAGGAUUCAUGGCAGUGAGGCUGGCUCGUCUAAAGAGUCGUUUUACUUGGCGGUUCCCACCAUUCGCUCGGGUGUUUCCACCAGAUCGCAGAUGAAGAGGAGCAUGAGUUGUGACAGCCUUGGUGAAAGCUCCCUGGAAGACACUCUGAACUCUACAAGGAAGCUGUCAGCACCCGAGGAGUCGAGCACGCCACUCGUCCGCAGCUCAGAGCGUCUAGCAGCCAAACGCAAAGGUCCUCAGUCUGAGUCGCAGGAAAGCUUGUACUUUACUCCCAUUAACACCAGACAGACCAGAAGGGGCAGUUUAAGUUCUGACACGGUUCUGGAGUCGGCUCAGAAAAACCCGGCAUCAUCUGCCAAACGACGCCGGACCACCCAAGUUGUAAACAUCACCAUGAGCAAGAAGAUGCCAGGUUCUUCUGAGGAAAGUGAGACGUUGGGUUCUGGCUGCUCUGUUGCCCACUCUGCUCGAUCCCUGUCUAUGGAGGCUUUUGACACGCCUCAUGGUAAGUCCAGUGCUGCUAGUGACCAGCUCAUCGGUCUUCCGGGGUACAGACGGAGCACCAUUCAUUCACAGACCGCUGGAACGUUCUGUGUUGGAGCAGAAAACGAACCAGACGGUGGUCCUGAUGACUGGCUGAGGAUCGCAGAGCUCCAGGCCAGAAACAAGGCCUGUCUCCCACACCUAAAGAGCAGCUACCCUGUAGAGUUUGAGACUAGAGGGACUGGCGGAUUCGUUUUCACUGACGAGGAGCUCCGCACCGGGGACCCGUCUGACACGAUCAGACGGGCAUCGAUGAUGCCAGGCCAGCUGCAGGACUCCCUCGUGUCCCAUCGGCAGUCUCUCAUGUUUGGUCAGGCAGGUGUUGGAAGCCAAGCUCAUCGCAUGUCCUUGAUGCCGGGACAGCUUCCGUCCAAAAGACCCAGCCAGAAAAGCCCAAGGGGUUCAAAACAGUCGUCUUCCACACUGUCCUUACCCCAGACUUCACCUGAGAGAAAAACAAGAACCAGCUGUUUCCCUCGUCCUCUCACUCCCAAAAGCAAGAACGUGAGCAGCUCUCAUCUGCACGCUGUCCUCACUCCUGCUGAGCGGAGGCAGUCUACGGUGUUCACCAUUGAGAACACCCCCAAGAAAAACAAUUAUUUAAAGAAAAAACUGACCAAACUACGAGGCUCCGCCCGUAAAUCCCCCACGGCUCGACCCGGCAGCUGGAAGUCACCACAAUCGACUUCAAAAGGAGUAAAAAAAGCUUCUCAAGCUAACAGCAGAUCUGCAAAGUCUCCUGGGUUGACCGAAAGUGCUCGCAAGAAACAGGUGUCUGUAGAGCAUGAAAAACUUUUGGAAGUUCAUGAUGAUGAUGCGCAGAAUGAAAGUUUGAGGACUGCUGUGGAGAAUGCAUAAUUGUUAAAAACUUUUUUUUUUUUUUCAAAAUUUUCAUUGUCUUUUAGGACAUUUUGCACUUUGCAUUUUUUUCCUUUGAAUAUUGUUAUAUUUGUUAAUAAAAUGUUUUAAAUAAAAUAAAAUAAAACCUUACAUCACUGCAAUCAAUUUACUGAAUCGGAUAAAAAAAAUUAUAAGAUGCAUGUCAAAAGACCUCUUUAAUUACAUGCUAAUUCACUGUUGGGUUUUGGCUGGUUGACCUGGAAGUUAACCAUUUAGUUCACUGACAGCAUACUGAACGGUUUUCUUUAUGCAUAUGAAACUAGCAAUGAUGUGAUAAAAUAAUUCAAACUUGUUUUUAAGUCAAACUGAUGGUUAUUCAUUGUUUAUUUGCUGUCCAGUGAGAAAUCCUGUGGAGAUUUUCUGAAAUUUCUUGUCACAUUACUUCCUGUUUGAGAUUCAAGCCUUCAGAAUAAAGUUUUUUUUGAAACCCGA